AUGGCCGCUACAGUGAUGAGCACGCCGUCUGCAGCACCACCGUCGUUGCUUACAGUAGACGCGUCAGGAGAUGCAUCCACGAUGUUGGCUGUUGAUCUAUCGGCAUGUGUGGACGUCGAAAUGGAGGAAGAGUUACGGAGGAACCCGGGGUCGAUGCGGCUUUGGUGGUAUUACAUUCAAGCGACGACUAAACGGAUGGAGAUGAAACAGAAUGCCGAUUUGAAGGAUGCCUUUAUGGAGUUCCUAUUCCAGCUGCACGAGAGGGCUUUGAGAGAGCUGCCGAGAUGUUAUAAGAUUUGGCACAAUUAUCUCAAACUGCGGGAAUCAUAUGUGGAGGAUGUAUGCGUGACGGAUCCUGCAUGUGAUGUGGUAGAGGCUUGCUAUGCUCGAGCGGUGUGUGUGUUGGGAAAGAUGCCUCGUAUAUGGGAGGAGUAUAUUGAACACCUCACGAGACGAUUGAAAAUAACUUCAACGCGGCAUGUCAUCUACCAGGCGUUGAGGAGUUUACCUAUCACACAGCACUAUCGAAUUUGGGCACUGGCGAUGAAAAUGAUAAGAGAGCUGAACGUGCCAGUGAGGACUGGUGGAGAGUUGUUUAGAAGUUAUCUCAUGUUGGAACCGGCGCAUGCAGAAACCUACGUGGCGUAUUUGGAGGGCGAGGAGCAAUGGGAUGAGGCCGCUAAGUUGUUGAUGAAAUUGGUUAACGAUCCCGACUUCGUGUCCAUGGAAGGAAAGUCCAACCACCAGCUCUGGCUUGAGCUAUGCGAUAUGGUCACUACCCAUGGCCCUUCUAUCAAGUCUGUGGAGGUCGACGCGGUGGUGCGUUCGGCCAUAGGGAAGUUCUCAGACCAAACAGGCCGCCUUUGGAACAGUCUCGCAGACUAUUACGUUCAAUUGGGCAACUUCGGCAAGGCGCGUGACGUUUAUGAGGAAGCGCUGGAGAGUAUAUCAACAGUGCGAGAUUUCUCGUUGGUCUUCGAAGCCUAUCAGAAGUUCCUCGAGAAUCUCGUCACUGUUUACAGUGAAAUGGAGGAGGAAAAUGAGGAGGGCGAAGAUACGGCAGGCUCGACUGCAGAUCUUCUGGUGGAGGUUCUGGCUAAACUCAUUGACCGUCGAUUGGACCUCCAAUCUCAAGUCAAACUCCGUCAAAAUCCCAAUAAAGUCUCUGAGUGGAUUUCCCGGGCCAAACUUUUCAAAGAUGACCCGCUGACGGUCGUUAAGACUUUUGCUGAAGCUGUGAAGACUGUUGAUCCGUUCCAAGCUGAUGGGAGAUUAAGUCGCCUUUGGAUAGAAUUCGCUAAUUACUACAUCAAUACUGGUAAAGAUAUUGCGAAUGCUCGGGCGGUGUACGAGAAGGCGGUGAAAGUGGAGUUUCGCAAUGCGGAGGAGUUGGCGUCGGUGUGGUGCUCGUGGAUUGAGAUGGAGAUUCAACAGAAGAAUAACAAACAGGCGUUGGAAAUUUCGAGACGUGCGGUUGGCCAGUAUAAAGGGGCGGAAGCUGGUACAGUGCAAGCUCAGCUGUCGAGGAGUGUGCGACUGUGGCAUUUGGCUGCUGACUGUGAAAGAUUUAUUGCCAAGAAUUUGGACACGACGAGAGCUGUUUACGAUAAGAUGAUCGAUUUGAAAGUGGCGACUCCGCAGACUUGUAUCGAUUACGCUCAGUUCGAGGAGGAUAACAAAUACUUUGAGAAAUCUUUCCAAGUUUACGAAAGGGCUGUGAGCCUGUUUCGAUGGCCGCAUGCCAAGGACAUUUGGGUACUUUAUUUAUCCAAGUUCACUAAUCGUUAUAAGGGCUCGAAGUUAGAGCGAUCUCGGGAGCUCUUUGAUCACGCCUUAGCGCACUGUCCGAGCAAAUACUGUCGCAUGAUGUACCAGAUGUAUGCGCAGUUUGAGGAGAGGUAUGGUCUUGCGAAGGAAUCUUUGAAGAUUCUCCAUCGAGGAGUGUCGAAGGUUGAGAAGAGUGAACGCGUCCGCAUGUACAACCUUCUUAUUGCUAAGACGGUAGAUCUACUGGGAGCCCCUGCAACAAGGCCUAUCUAUGAGGAAGCUAUUGCAACUCUCGAUGACGACCGUCAAAUCGUGGGGAUGUGCCUACAGUAUAGUAAUAUCGAGAGAGCUAUGGGUGAGAUCGAUCGAGCUCGAGCUAUUCUCAAGCACUGCAGCCAAUACUGUGACCCUAGUAAGGAGAAAUCAGAGGAGUACAUUGGCAACUUCUGGAAUGAAUGGAGAGAGUUUGAGCUCACAUAUGGCAACGCUGAUACGUACCGAGAAUUGAGACGAAUUUGGAGAAGUGUCAUGGCACAGUACUCGAGGCAACACUUCAAUGCUACUGAUAUCAGCCAUCAAAUUACCGAGCAAAUGGAGAGGGAUAAAAUGGAGGGAGAUGAUGACAAUGACGAAGCGGAUCCGAUGGCAGCAGCGGAGAGACAAGCUGAGCGAAAAAGAGCUCGAGAGGAAGGGGACAGUGGAGAUUCUGUGACGAAAAGACUUCGAAUGCAGGAAGAAAAGUUGGACUUUAUCGAGAGCGCUUCAUUCACUGGAGAGAAAGAAGGGUUCUCUUUCAAGAUGGGUGUUAGAGGCUUGGGAUACUACAGAGACCUUGGUGGGCUGCUCGCACUAGAAGCUGCUCAUACUGGAAGAAACGACGAAGACAUAGAGUUGUCUGAUGAUCUAUAGAGUCAAU